AUGACGGAGAUGGUAGUGGCGGCGCGGGCACGGGCACCGGCGGCGGGGAGGUGGGGAGCGGGGCCACCGCAGGAGCUGCUGGAGAGGCUCAAGCACUACGGCCAGGAGGGCGCCUUCGCGUUCUGGGACGAGCUCGCGCCCGAGGAGCGCGACCACCUCAUGGAGAGCCUAGAUCUUCCUAGGAUCGACCGGAUCAUUCGGUGCUCACUCAGACCACAAGGCGCUCCUGUCCCGGCCAUCGAGCCUGUUCCAGAGUCGAGUGUCUCAUUAUUAUUAAGUCGAACGAUUAAGGACAAAGAAAGGUGGUGGAGGAGGGGCUUGAGAGCCAUUUCAGAAGGGAAGUUGGCCACCGUCCUUUUGGCAGGUGGUCAGGGGACUCAGCUUGGCAGUUCUGAUCCUAAGGGAUGUUUCAGUAUUGGGCUUCCAUCUAGGAAGUCACUUUUCCAGCUACAAGCUGAACGGAUUUUGUGUAUUCAGAAGCUGGCUGCUCAAUGCACUGAUGCCCCUGGUAGCACAGUGCAAAUCCACUGGUAUAUAAUGACUAGUCCCUUCACCGACGAAGCCACCCGCAAAUUCUUCGAAAGCUACAGAUAUUUUGGCUUGGAGCCUAACCAAGUGACCUUUUUCCAGCAGGGUACUGUUCCAUGUGUCUCUCCUGAUGGAAGAUUUAUAAUAUCAUUUAAAAACCAGGUCGCGAAGGCUCCUGAUGACAAUGGUGGAGUUUAUGCUGUUACCAUCUAGCAGAGAAGAGGAUUCCUUCAGUCCAUGGGCACACAGCUGGCUUAAAGCUUGAACAAUUUAUAUUCGAUGUGCUUAACUAUUCUCCUUCAACUGCUCUUUAUGAGGUUUGAUUUCUUAUGCACUAUUGCUCAAAGUAAAGCUGUCUUGUUCUUCUAUCUCAUUUCUGAAAGAACACAUUAGUUAUCAGUCUGGGAAAAUUUCAUCGUGGCUUGUUAAUACCUGAGG